UCCUAGAGGAGAAAACAGGAAGCAACCUCUUUGACCUCAGCUGUAGCCUCCUCUUACUAGACCUACCUCAGGAGGCAAGAGAAACAAAAGCAAAAGUGACCUACUGGGACCUCAUCAAGAUAAGAAGCUUCUGCAUAGCAAAGGAAACAACAAAACCAGAAGGCAACCAGUGGAAUGGGAGACCAUAUUUGCAAAUGAUAGGUUGGAUAAAGGGAGAUGGUGGCUUAGAAAUGGACAUGCUAGAGGACCUUGAAUCCCUGCAGUUUGAGUAUGGGAUUCAAAAGGAAGAUCGCAGCUGGCUGUAUUUGCAGGGCCGUUCUCGAGGGCUGAUGAUCAAGUCCUGUGCCCAUGCAACCUUCUUCUGCAAGCUACUGUGUAAUUUGAGAGAAUCAUUCCACGAGAAGCAAACUCCCAGCCGUCUCUCGACUGGUGUGGUUGCUGGCGUUCCCAAUGAUGAUGAGCUAAAGGUAGGCAUCAUCGGAGGCGGCCACCUUGGGAAGCAGCUGGCUCGUGUACUGCUUCAGCUUGUCCCCAUCCCUGCUGAGAACCUGAGGAUCUCUACUCGGAGGCCAGAGGCCCUGGGUGAGUUCCAGAACCUGGGAAUCCAGUGUUUUUACCAUAACCCUCAUCUGGUGGACUGGGCCAACGUGAUAUUCCUCUGCUGCCUGCCAUCUCAGCUGCCUAAUAUCUGCCUGGAAAUUCAAACCCGCCUCGAAAAAGACUGCAUCGUGUACAGCUUCGUAGCUGCCAUCCCAAUAGCCAGGUUGAAACUCCUACUGAACCACACCAAUAUCUUGCGGCCUCAGUAUCAGUGUGUUGAAGAAUGGGUCAACAUCUGGGGGGCCAAUAAGGACAUCACAGCAGCCCUCCAAGAUCCUGUGAUUCUUCAGGCCACCUGCCCGUUCAGUUCGGCUGGGGGAAUAACCCUCAAUUUCAAGUGGCUGGAGGGAGUGGUGUACAUGGUCCUAAACGUCUGCACCGCCAGGGACGUGCCUCACCUACGAGCGCUGCAGCUGCUGAACCAACUGUUUCUCUCCGUGCAUUCGGCAGCCUGUGGGAAGGAUGGCGCGUCUUGCCCCACACUCGAGUUACGUGAUCUUGUCAGCCAGGUCUACAGCAAGAACCUGCCUCAGCGGAGGCCUUUCCCCUGGUUUGAUCUGACUGCGGUGCAACUCAAGGAAACUCCCUUUAGUCAGCAUCUCUCAGCCAGUCCUGCUCUCCAGGACCACCUUACCUAUCGAUACUGUAAUUCAUUUGGUAUCUCCCUAACCAAAGAACAGCAGCCAGCGGUUUCCACGGGCUCUGCCUCUCAGUGAGAGGAGAGACCUCGGGAAUCAGAAUUUUUUUUCCCUCCACACUGCUGGUACCCUGAUUAUCACAAUUGUCACUGGGAGUCACGUGAGUGUAUUGUGUUUGCCACAUAUUUGGGCAUCGAGGAAUUAGAAAAUGGUACUAAUUAAUCUUUAACAUAUAGAAUAAAAUGAGGUCUUUUAUAUCAGUAUAUUUGGGUAUGUCUGGCUUUUGGAAGCAACCAAAUGAAACCAUAACCUGACACACUUAAGUAAGUUGCUUCCCCAGGAAUAUAAAUUAUCUUUCUUCUAAAAGCUAAAUUCAAGAAAUUAAGUCAUUAUUAGACAAUACAUACUGUGGCUUGUUUUCCUAUAGGAGUGUGUAGCUGACAAAUGAUACGUCUUGAUUUUCCUACCAUUUUGGAUAAAGAAGUCAAAUGUGGUAAAUGAUUUUAAUUAAAUUAUGACUCAUUUCAUGCUUAUUUCAGCUAUACAUGACUUCCC